GCCGUUGAGUGAAAAGUCCCGCCCUCUUCUUCGUUCCUUGGACGAACUUUGAGUUGUGUUUGGCUGCGGCUGGUGUCCGUCCCGCUCGGCGCGCGCUGGUCAAAGCUGUGGUGGUUGCAUUUCUUUCUCUCUGGAAUUUGGUCGGUGUUGCAGGAUGGAAAUAGCCAGGCGGGAACUGGCAGUUCUCCGGGGAUAAGUGGCGUUGGUUGAAUAAUUAAUGCCACAGAGCCUGGUUGACUCCGGUGUUCCUUCCUCGAUGCUUUGUGUGGUAGAACGACCCUCGUGUAUUAGUUUCACGUGACAACGGGCGGGUUCAUACGUAUGUUAGAGUGAAGGAAAUUCAGCGAUGGCAAAUGAAACCACUCCUGUCCGGGCAGGAGCUGUAAAUGUUCCUUAUGGGCACGUGAUUGGCCAUGAGAAAUGGAAAGGCUCUCGGAUUGCUCAGGGGAUACAAGGGAAAGUUAAGCUAAUUCUAGAAGAUGGCCUGGGAGUUGUGGACUUUCAUCUUUCAAACAGAUCCUGUGUCCUUUAUAUUUCUGAAGCAGACCUUGUUGCAGGAAAUGACUUCAAAAGAAGGCUUGUUCGCUUUAGAAAUGCUUGCAGACUGCAAGGAAUUGUUAUAGUUGAAAAAACCCAGAUGAGCGACCAGUAUUUCCCAGCAGUGCAGAAAUUUGUUGUUCUGGAACUUGGAAUGACAUUACUUCCAGUGGCCAGCCAAGAAGAAGCAGGACAGCUUAUUAUCCAGCUAGUUCAUGAGCAAACUAAAGAUCGAGCCAGCAAUCCUUUUCUUAAUAAGAAAUGUCCCCAGCUCUUGGAGGCUUCUGUGUUCCAAACAGUUCAGCAGAUUCCAGGAGUUGGGAAAACAAAAGCUUUGCUUCUUCUGGGACGAUUUCGAAACCUCCACCAGCUUUCCAAUGCAUCCAUCCAGGAGCUUGAACAAGUAGUUGGACACACCCUAGCCCAACAAAUCCAUAUGUUCUUUACACAAAGUAACCUCAGCUUGUUGGCACUGGAGAAGAGCAUUUUGGAAGGAUAGCUCACAUUCGUGUUUAUAGAUGAGAUGUUUUUAUAAUAUGACACCUUUUGAAUACGCAUGUAGAUAUUCGUUUUGCCUAAAGCAAUUGUCUUCCAUCACACCUGAUGAGCAAAGUAAGUGUAGCGAUUGUUAUAACCUCUCCCUGUUGUAUUUUGUUCUCUGCAGGUUUGGCCUUUAUUUUAAACUGUGAGGCUAGUGGAACAUGCAGUGGGAGAGUUGCAUCACACCAACUUUAUGGAUAGCACUGAAGAAUAGGUGUUGCAUCUCCCACAUAUGAAUUAGUUGCAGUAGUGACACAUCAUGUGUCUUUUUAAUAUAUUACUAUCUGCAACUAAUUCAUAUGUGGGAGAUAUAUAUAUAAUAUGUGCUGCAGGAAGAUGUAAGAAUACAUCUCUUUAAAGGUUCAUGUUUUGAACAUGCUGAUGAAUGGAUAAUUAUACAUUCUGCUUGAAUGCUGUUGAAGAAUUAACAGUACAGCCAUAUAAUCCUGACUUUUUCCUCCAUGUGCCUGCUGGCUCUUUCAAUAGUAAUGGAGGUAAUGGAACAGGGUUGGAGCACACAUACACAAGAAUGAAGUGUAUCAUGUGCUAUCUCACUUCUUCAAAAGAAAUGCUAACUUCUCCAAACAUUGUGUG